AUGACGGAAUCCACGGGAGAGCUCAAGACCAUGCUGCAGGCGCUCCUGAAGCGCUUCGACGAGACCACGCUUGCGAGCGACAAGCAGCGCGAGGCCCAGAUCGCGUUCAAUACGCAGGUCUCCGCGGAUCUGGCGCACAUCCGCAAGCAACUGGACCUCACCCAAGCAGACAUCGACGAGGUUCGCCAGCAGCAGCGCGAACUUUCGCCUUCGCCGCCCGCAGCGGAGCGCCGCCGACCGAACACCGCCGACCACCACGACGGUGACACCCAGGCCUCGUUGGUGACGUUGCUUGAGCACGCCCGCGGAUCUCGCCCUCAAGGUCCAGUCGUCCGCCUCGCCAACAACGGCCCUCCUCUGUUGCCCACGCGGCACACCAUGCCGUACGGGGGCGAGGGACAGACCGCUGCGUUCAUGGCGGGCCGCGAUGCGCACACCGGGCAGCGCGAGGAGUACACAUUCAAGCCGCCGAAGCACGACUUCCCACACUUCGACGGCGACGCGCCUAGCCUCUGGAUCGACCGCUGCAUCACCUACUUCGACCUGUACCGCGUUCCCCUGCACAGCUGGGUGACCACGGCUUUGCUCUACAUCGACGGCCACGCCGCACACUGGUACCAGGCGUACCGGCAGACACAUCGCUCGCCGACGUGGGAGGAGUUCGCCGCGGCCAUCAUCAGCGAAUUCGCAUCGGAUGAAUUCGAGAUGGAGAUGCAUAAGUUGCUGCAACUUCGCCGAACCAGCACCGUCGCCGAGUACAAGACGGCGUUCGAGACACACAUGUACCACCUGCUCGCCCUGGAUGCGUCGCUCAACCCCAAGUUGUUCGUCACACAGUUCCUGCUGGGUUUGCGCGACGAUUUGCGGGCUGCGGGCAACCUCCACCACCCCCACCACCACUGCCGCUUCCUGCCCGAGCUGUGGGAGUGCCCAGGCCGGGCGGCGGCCCCCAACGACGACCUGGCGCGCGAACGGCAACUGCGUGAGCAUCGCCGCGCCAACGGACUCUGCUUCAAAUGCGGCGACCGCUACUCCGGCGACUAUCGAUGCAAGCCGGCCACACAACUGCUCACAAUUCAAGUAGGCGACUAUGGGGAAGUGAUUACUGAUGACGCGGUGCACGCCCUGGACUUGCUCGACGCCCCAGUGGAUCAGGACCCCGCGCCCGAAUGUUGCGUGCUCUCCACCCAUGCGGUCGCCGGUACCGAGUCACCGCGCACCAUUCGUGUGCGCGCGCUCGUCGGCAAUCAAGUCAUGUUGCUUUUGGUGGAUUCAGGGAGCACGCACAGCUUCGUCUCCAAGGCGCUCGCCGCGCGCGUGCACGCUCCAACCGUUCCAGUGCCCACAGUGGAGGUUCGCGUGGCCAACGGCGAGCGCAUGACCUGCAACAGCAUGGUGCAAGGUCUGAACUGGUGGAUUCAGGGCCACACCUUCACCACCGAUAUGCGGCAACUGGAGUUGGGUGCUUACGACGGCGUGCUCGGUAUGGACUGGUUGGAGCAGUUCAGUCCGAUGAGUUGCCACUGGCUCGACAAGACGCUGACCUUCGAGCACCAUAGCGCCAUGAUCACCCUGCAAGGUGUUCGACCGAAGCAGCAUGAGCAGGUGGAGGAGAUCGAGCCAGAGCAAUUGCGCAAAUGGCAAGCCGGCAACAACAUUUGGUACAUGGCCGUGCUGGAUUUGCCCCGCUCACCCGAGCCGCAGGCGACCAAAAUCCCACCAAGUGUUCAGAGCGUCCUGACGGACUUCGCUGAUGUGUUCGCCGAACCCAAGGGCCUGCCUCCUCAGCGCCGCUACGAUCAUGCCAUCACCCUGGUGGACGACGCGCGCCCCGCGAACUCGCGCCCGUACCGCUACUCGCCCUUGCAGAAGGACGAGAUCGAGCGCCAAGUUCAAGAGAUGCUCCAGUCGGGUGUCAUCGAACACAGUAUGAGCCCGUUCGCUGCGCCCGUGAUGCUCGUCAAGAAGAAGGACGACACCUGGCGCUUUUGCGUCGACUAUCGCCGGCUCAACGACGCCACGGUCAAGAACAAAUUUCCCCUGCCCAUCGUGGACGAACUGCUCGACGAGCUGGCUGGAGCGGCAUUCUUCUCCAAGCUGGACCUCCGCGCUGGUUACCACCAGAUACGCAUGCGCACGGGCGACGAAGAGAAGACGACGUUCAAGACGCACCAUGGCCACUUCCACUUCAAGGUCAUGCCAUUCCGGCUAACGAACGCGCCGACCACGUUCCAGUGCCUGAUGAAUGCAAUCUUCGCCAAGUACGUGCGCAAGUUCGUAAUCAUAUUUUUGGAUGACAUUUUGAUCUUCAGUGAAACGCUGGAGGAGCACCUGGAACAUCUUCGUCUCGUUCUCGCUCUGCUUCGCGAGCACCAACUGUACGCCAAGGAGUCCAAGUGCUCUUUCGCGCAAGACAACAUCUCCUACCUCGGCCACAUCAUUUCUAAGGACGGCGUCGCCACGAAUCCCUAG